AUGCCGAGCCAGCCGGGAGCCGAGUUGGAGCCAAAAGUGGAGCCGUCGGAUCCCUCAGAACUGACCCAUUUGGAAGUCGACCUCCUGGCUGUGGACUUGAUGAAAGGAAUGACCACUUAUCGACGUCCCAACUCAUGUUGACUUCGUAGAUUUUAUUUUUCUCUUUCCACGUGAGUUCGACAUUGAGCUUUUUGCAUUCUCAUUCUCAUCGCUUUUUCACGUCACGUAAAAUUUUUAAACUCUGGAGAGCCUUCUAGAAGGGAUAUAUAAGGCGCAGUCGUCGCGUCUAGCUACAAAUACAAGCCAAGGUCCAACUUGUACGUUCGUGUACUACGAGUGGCUGCUGGGCAACGACAAGGGCCCUGCGGUCGCCAAAAUCUGCAGAUCGUGCAAGGAAGACGCAGUGUCCCAACGUACAGUCAGGCGUUGGUUCAAUCGUUUCGAGAGCGGCGACACGAGCCUUGAUGACAGGGAGCUCAACGGGAGGCCUUCUAUGAUGACGAAUUCCGUCACAAUUGACUCAACUUACUCGGCUACUGGCCUGUUGGAUCCCCACCGUCUGACGGACAAAAACAAGCAGAGCCGCAUCGCUGUCUGCCAGUUCCUCCUCCUUCAUCCGCACGCGAGGAGUUUCUCGAGGACCUGGUCACUGGGGAUGAGACCUGGGUCCUCUACGACAACGUCGCCCGCCAUGCCGUCUGGAUCCCGCGCGAAGAAGAGCCGCCGACAACGCCGAAAGCCGACCUGCUCCCGCUGAAGAUCAUGCUCUACUGUUGGUGGGCCGCCAAGAGCUGCUAUAAUUCGAGCUGCUGCUGCUAGCCAGGACGGUCACCAUCUUCAUCUACACCGAUCAGCUCGAGAAACUAGCCCACAUCAAGUGA